CACGCCCGUGUGUAUGUUAUUAAUUUGUUUUUACGUUGAAACUCUUGAAUUAUCGCGACGACGAGUCGAUCUUGGGUUCAGGUAACUUGAUCCUUUCCUCAACCACGGACUUCCAACAUUUAACAAUUAAAAAUGUUUUCAUCUCGUCCAAAUUUUCUGAAGUUAAGAACUAAUUUGAGAUUGUGUGUCAACAGAUUAAAACUUUUGGAGAAGAAAAAAGCUGAGUUGGCAUUAAAAGCAAGAAGAGAAAUAUCUGAUUAUAUACGAAACAACAAAGAAGACAGAGCAAGGAUCAGGGUAGAGCACAUAAUUAGAGAAGAUUAUUUAGUGGAAGCAAUGGAAAUCGUUGAGAUGUAUUGUGAUUUGUUGUUGGCUCGUUUUGGUCUUAUUGAAAGAAUGAAUGAAUUAGAUCCUGGCAUGGAAGAAGCUGUGGCCACAAUAAUCUGGGUGGCUCCCAGACUGUCUAGUGAUGUAGCAGAACUGAAAGAGGUAUCUCAGCAGCUGACGAUUAAAUAUGGAAGAGAAUUUGCAGAAUCGUGCAGGAAAAAUGAUUUAAACAAUGUGAAUGAGAAGGUCAUCUACAAAUUGAAUUUGUCUGCCCCUCCUAAAAUUUUAGUUGAGAAUUACAUGGUAGAAAUUUCCAGGUCUUACAAAGUGCCAUUUGAGCCUGAUCCUCUGGUUAUGCUGGCAAGUUUCAAAUCCUCAUUCAAGCUAAUGAAUCUAAUUGACUUCGGUGGCAACACGCCAACAUCUUUGCAACCAUCCGCAACAAAUGCAAUGCAAAAUACUUCGCAGCCAACAAGCAGCACUGAAGAUAAGCAAGUCGUCGGGUCUGAUCUAUUGGAUGACAACAAAAAAAAGCAACCAUUCAACUAUCCACCCCAUAACCCUGGACCACAUGCAGACAACUACUCAUUUAAGUUGGAUGACAACAACAAAAAGCAGCCAUUCAACUAUCCACACCCUAACUCUGAACCACAGCCUAACAACUACCCAUACGAUCCCUUCCUAUAUCCGCCUCCAUUAUCGGAAGGUCCUCCAGCUUAUUCCUCUGGAAACUUCAUGAUGGAGAACAGUAAGAUGCCUCCCAACGUUGCUUAUCAGAUGGGUAACUUGCCUCCGUACACAACGAACCUUCCGUUCGAUCCGAAUGCGGACAACCCUCCCGAACUUCCUGCAGUUGCUCCCAAUUCCAAACACGCCUACAACAAGCAAAUCACGUGGGACGACGACGUUGCGUUGCCCAAUGUGCCUGACUUGGGUGGUCCAUCUGCCAAUCGUGGUCCUACUCCUGGUAUGCCCAUAAACCCUGGCAACACCAACAUCUAUGGUAACGAUUCCUCCAAGCCAACCAACUUUGAUAACUUGGUGCUUCCUGAAAUUCCAAAUCUUCCUGCAGUGCCUUCUGAUGCAGUUGGCAAAUCAUUACACAAAGCAGACGAUGUGGAUUUUGAUGAUUUAGCCAGAAGAUUUGAAGAAUUAAAAAAACGAAAAUGAAAUAAACAUUUUACUCAAUAGAAAUUUCAAAAAUUUGAAGGUUGAGUGUUUUCUUUUAUUGAAUCAUGUGAUUUUAUACAAAUGAUUUGUAUUGUUUCUAAUUAUUUCUAUAAUCUUAUUAAAAAAUUUUUAUUGGAAAAAGUUCAUAAUAAAAUUAUUAAUGACAUCUAAAUAUGUACGCUUUAUAAUUAUAUUGACAGAGUUGAAGCGCAACAUUAAAAAACAUUCUGAAAAAGAAAAUCGUUCAAGUUU